UGUGACCACCUAUGAUACACAGUGUUAUAGUCCAAAUAGCUAGGUGAACAUGUUGACCAGGAAGCAAUUUCUGACUGACAACAAAUCGAACAUCAGCUGCUUUGGACGGUUUUAGACCAUCCUGGAGUUGUGUUUCGUCUGAAAGGGAGCUUGAAGGCCUGUAGAAGAUUUCAAGUCUCUUGAAAAGUUCAAAGUGAACAUCUUAAAUCAGGACUAGUCAACAAUGGCUGAUGACAACGACCGGUCUGCAGUGCUGCGUCGCAGGGUUCAGGCUCGCCUGGCCGAGUCAUUCAUGCAGCAACUGCAGGACGACUCUCAGGACAAACCUCCACAGAAGGAAGAGAAGUUGUCCCGUAUCAACGCCCACACCAUCUUCUGGCUGGUGGCGUCCAUGGCCGUGUUUUACUACACAGACAUUGCCGUGGCUCUGAGAGUGGACCCCAGGAUCAACUGGCUGUGGUUGCUUCCUGGUGCUGUGCUGGUCGGACUCAAUGUUGUUAUAGGUGGGUUCCUGAUAGUGUGGCUGUCCUGGAUCAAAGGUGUGAGUACUGAUGAGUGGGAGAAGCUGUACCCUAGUGCCAUCCCCACAGCUACAGCUAGCUUCAUUAUCGGUGGGCUUUGUUGCAUGAUGGGUCUGUGGCCAGUGUGGGGAUUCCUAACUCCCAUCAUCCUCUUCACCUUGUUUAUGGGUGUUGUCAUGGUGAUCUCACUAUUCCCAUGACCCAGGAGGAAUGGUCCGUCUUAACAAUACUAGGGGUGGGUACUGGUACAGAAAAUUCAGGUAAAGGUACGGUCCAGGUCCAGAGGAUCAGGUCCAGGUUUGAACAACAACACUAACUGCCUCAGUCAGUUUUAGACCAGGUUUGGCCAUAGAAGCUUGAUAAAAUGACUAUCAACUCUCCUUUACUUAGCUCUUGUUGUUUUCUUGGAACAGUAAGCCCUAAAAUAUGUGAACAUCUUUUCAUUUCGAAUCGGUCCAACAUCCGGUCUACUGAUGUCUGUUUUUUCUGGACCAGUCCAACAA